UUUUACUGUUAACCAAAAGGACUCCUCACGUCUUGGGAUUUUUUUUGUUUGCAAUUUAUCUGAGCACUUGCAGCUAUUACCUGUGGAUGAGUUGAAAACAAAAAUGGCUUUGUUGCCAUUCAAGACUGGAUACGUGGCAUUGCCACUCUUGCACUAAAGUGCUGUUUAUUUUUUAUUUAUAUGUGUAUUUGUUUUUUUUUAAAGUAUGUUACCUUUCGCUGUAGUGGAGUUUUCAAAUCACGGACUGGCAGUUAUAGCAACCAAAUGGUUUACUGGGCCUGAGGAGGAUGAAUGCUAUUGGUCACCAGCAAAAGAUGAACUCGACAAGGGCAGCCAUAAAGCAAAAGGACCCUUGCACUGACUGGGUGACACACAAAGUGACCGUGAAGAGAAAAGCUGCAACAUAUGAAAUUGCUCGCUCAAAGUUAGUGGAAUAUGAACAGAAUACAGAUGUAUCAACCGAGCCUGAGUCUACAGAGAAUAUGGGCAGGGGGAAGCGCAAAAGGAGGCAAGUGGUCAUGUCCAGCGAGGCUGAAGAUGAGGAUGAUGACGAUAUCAACAAUCGGGCAUCUCCAUCACCUCUGAGGCCUCCAUCUACUCUGAGAUGUAUGCAGACCCCCCUUCUCCCCCCCCACGGGUCUCUGCAGACCCCCCUCCACCCACCCACAGGUCUCUGCAGACCCCUCCACCCACCCACAGGUCUAUACAGACCCCUGCACCCCCUGCUCCCACCCACGGGUCUUCAACCCCAAGACGAGACAUUCGGGAUAGCAUGUUUGUUCGCAUUUUGACCCUCCUUGAGGAGGUGAAAGACACACAGAGGAACCAUGGGAGGAUUCUCCAGGCACUUCUCCAAGAUCAACACAACAUUGCCAACCCCGUUUGUUCUACUCCAGAGGGUUUCCCCCUCAAGACGGUUCAUGAAGUCGACUGCAUGGAAGAAAAACUGGCAAACCCCACCUUCAUGUCAGAACUGAUUGCAGCUGUGGCGGACAUUGGAGGGGGCACUGUUGACGGGGCCAUGAGAAGGAUGAUGGCGUUCCUCAUUGACCACAACCUAUCCAGACAGUACAACUUCGUGGGGAGAAAUGGCAAGACAGGAUUCAAGCCCCUCAAGCUGUUUGAAGUAAUUUAUGGAGCCUUGAAGAAGAAUGCAAUGACCAGUCAGAUCACCAGAAAGGACGUAGAGAAGGCGGUCUCAAAGUGACUGAUUGGUGCUAGGGACCGGGGGGGGCAAUCGACAGGCCCGUCAGGCCAGAGAGGCAGCCCCUCAGGAAAUUUAAAUUGUUUUUUUUUUUUUUUUCAGUGAUUUCUGUAAUAAAAACUUAGUUUUUAUUUUUUGUAAAGAGCAAUAAAAAAGUAAUUGUA